AAUCGGCUCUGAGGAUUUGGUUGGGUGGACCUUGAGUCUAUGUGGGGGUGGUCUGAAGAAGGGAAACUGAGGCUCCUGAGUGACGUCAUUGUUGACUGUGAAGAUUCUAUCCAGGUUCCGAAGACUCAGCUCCUGGAACUCCGGACAAACAACUACCAACUUUCAGAUGAACUUCGGAAGAAUGGUGCUGAACUUGCCAGUCUUCGACAGAAGGUUGCCUACCUGGAUAAGGAGUUCAGUAAAGCUCAGAAGGCACUAAGCAAGAGCAAGAAAGCUCAGGAAGUGGAGGUACUGCUGAGUGAAAAUGAGAUGCUGCAGGCAAAGCUGCACAGCCAGGAGGAGGACUUCCGUUUGCAGAACAGUACACUUAUGGCCGAGUUCAGCAAGCUUUGUAGCCAACUGGAGCAGCUGGAGCUGGAGAACCAGCAACUGAAGGAAGGGGCUGUGGGAACAGGAGCUGGUCAAGCUGGGUCACAUGUGGAUGGGGAGCUGCUGAGGCUGCAGGCAGAGAAUAAAGCCUUGCAGAAGAACAUGGCAGCACUGCAGGAGCGCUAUGGAAAAGAAGCCGUGAGGUCCUCAGCUGUCAGUGAGGGCCAAGGGGAUCCCCUAGGGGACUCAGCCUCCACUGUUCUGGCCCCCAUGCCACUGGCAGAAGUAGAGUUGAAAUGGGAAAUGGAGAAAGAAGAAAAGAGAUUGCUUUGGGAGCAGCUUCAAGGCUUGGAGAGCUCAAAGCAAGCUGAAACCUGCAGACUACAGGAGGAACUUGCUAAGCUCUCUGAGAAACUGAAAAAGAAACAGGAAAGUUUUUGCCGUCUGCAGACAGAGAAGGAAACACUAUUUAAUGACAGCAGGAACAAAAUUGAAGAAUUACAACAGCGGAAAGAAGCAGAUCUCAAAGCCCAGUUGGCUCACACCCAGAAGCUGCAGCAGGAGCUUGAAGCUGCCAAUCAGAGCUUGACAGAGCUAAGAGAUCAACUGCAGGGGGAGCGCCUGGAGCAUGCAGCAGCAUUACGGGCCCUACAAGAUCAAGUGUCCAUCCAGAGUGCAGAUGCGCAGGAACAAGUGGAAGGGCUAUUGGCUGAGAACAAUGCCUUGAGGACUAGCCUGGCUGCUCUGGAGCAGAUCCAGACAGCAAAGACACAAGAACUGAAUACACUUCGGGAACAGACUAGUGAGUUGGCAAUUGAGUUACAGCAGCGGCAGGCCAAGUACGAAGAUCUUAUGGGACAGAAAGAUGACCUCAACUCCCAGCUCCAGGAGUCAUUAAGAGCCAAUAGUCGGCUGCUGGAACAACUUCAAGAAAUGGGGCAGGAAAAAGAACAGUUGACUCAGGAACUCCAGGAAGCUCGUAAGAGCGCUGAGAAGCGGAAGGUCAUGCUGGAUGAGCUAGCAAUGGAGACACUGCAGGAGAAAACUCAGCACAAGGAAGAGCUAGGAGCUGUCCGACUACGGCAUGAGAAGGAGGUGCUAGGGGUGCGAGCCCGGUAUGAACGUGAGCUCCGAGAGCUGCAUGAGGACAAGAAACGGCAGGAAGAGGAGCUCCGUGGGCAGAUUCGAGAGGAGAAGGCUCGAACAAAGGAAUUGGAGAAUCUUCAGCACACAGUGGAAGAACUUCAAGCUCAGGUACACUCUAUGGAUGGAGCCAAGGGCUGGUUUGAACGGCGCUUGAAGGAGGCCGAGGAAUCCUUGCAGCAGCAACAACAGGAUCAAGAAGAAGCCCUGAAGCAGUGCCGGCAGGAGCACACUGCUGAGCUGAAGGCCAAGGAGAAGGAACUUCAGAAUAUGCAGGAGCAGCUCCAGCAGGCCCAGGAGGAGCAAGAUGGCCAUAUGAAGACCAUCAACAGCCUGAAGCAGGAGGUUAAGGACACAGUGGAUGGGCAGCGGAUUCUGGAAAAGAAGGGCAGUGCUGCGCUCAAAGACCUUAAACGGCAGCUGCACCUGGAGCGAAAACGGGCUGACAAGCUGCAGGAAAGACUACAAGACAUCCUCACCAACAGUAAGAGCCGAUCAGGCCUUGAGGAGCUGGUUCUCUCGGAGAUGAACUCACCAAGCCGGACCCAGACAGGGGACAGCAGUAGCAUCUCUUCCUUCAGCUACCGGGAGAUCUUGCGGGAGAAGGAGAGUUCAGCCAUCCCAGCCAGGUCCUUAUCCAGCAGCCCUCAGGCCCAGCCCCCUAGGCCAGCAGAGCUGUCAGAUGAGGAAGUGGCUGAGCUGUUUCAAAGGCUGGCAGAGACACAGCAGGAGAAAUGGAUGCUGGAGGAGAAGGUGAAACACCUGGAGGUGAGCAGUGCCUCUAUGGCAGAGGACCUCUGCAGGAAAAGUGCUAUUAUUGAGACCUACGUCAUGGACAGCCGGAUCGAUGUAUCUGUGGCAGCAGGCCACACAGACCGAAGCGGGCUGGGCAGCGUCCUGAGAGACCUAGUGAAGCCAGGCGAUGAAAACCUUCGGGAGAUGAACAAGAAGCUGCAGAACAUGUUGGAGGAGCAGCUCACCAAGAAUAUGCACUUGCACAAGGACAUGGAAGUUCUAUCCCAGGAAAUUGUACGGCUCAGCAAGGAGUGUGUGGGGUCCCCUGACCCAGACCUAGAACCUGGAGAAGCCAACUAAAGACCUGCAGGCUGCAUCCAUUCCCUUCUCUUUCUACCCUCCAGGAUGCCAUUCACUCCCUUGGGCUGUGGUGGGAAAAUGGAGGCUGGCAUCAAAAUCUUAUGGUUUGGAAGAUGGACAUUAAAGGGGCUAGAGGCCUAUCUAUAGCUGGUGUUAAUGACCCCAUCUUAUGGCAGAAGUCCUUGGGGAGGGAGGCUCCUGAGGGACGGGCAGGAACUUUUCCUUCUUGGCCCAGGUUCCCAGGGGCAUUUGCCUUUAUCUCUGCAUGAGCUCUCCCUCCCAGAGACCAACUCGGUUUUAUUUUAUUUUUAAUUUAUGUCUGCAAGCCUGGCUACUCUGCAUUUGGGGUUGGGGAUGUUGGGAGGGGGUAUGAUCCAUGCUCAAUGUUCUAGCAGUGUGUGUGUGUGUGUGUGUGUGUGUGUGUGUGUGUGUGUGUGUAAAGGCUAUGCAGCCAAAAUACCAUCUGGCCAGACAGGCCUACCCAC